AUGAGGGUAAUUAUCCGUGAUACAUCUCUGCAGGCUUCAGAGUAUAUCGCCGACUAUAUCAUCAGUCGCAUCAAAACGUUCAAGCCUACUGAGAGCAAUCCAUUCGUGAUUGGCCUUCCAACUGGAAGCAGCCCUGAAGUCAUCUACAAAACCUUGGUCCGGCGCCACAAAGCUGGGGAAAUCUCGUUCAAACAUGUUGUGACGUUCAAUAUGGACGAAUACGUCGGGCUUCCCCGCGAUCAUCCCGAAUCAUACCAUAGCUUCAUGUACAAGCAUUUCUUCUCCCAUGUGGAUAUUCCGCCGCAGAAUAUCAACAUACUUGACGGCAAUGCCCCGGAUCUAGCGGCUGAAUGUGCUUCAUUCGAAGCACGCAUUGCUCGCUAUGGUGGCAUCGAGCUUUUCCUCGGCGGAGUGGGAUCUGAUGGGCACAUCGCAUUCAACGAACCAGGAUCAUCUCUCAACAGCCGCACCCGGGUCAAGACGCUGGCUUUCGACACGAUACUAGCGAAUUCUCGGUUCUUUAGCGACGAUAUGGCCCAAGUGCCUCGAAUGGCCCUAACUGUGGGUAUCCGAACCAUCAUGGAGGCGCGUGAGGUUGUGAUAGUGGCAACCGGCGCUCACAAAGCAUUGGCCCUCAAAGAAGGCCUUGAAGGAGGUGUGAACCACAUGUGGACCAUUUCGUCCCUUCAACUACACCAACAUCCCCUGAUUGUAUGUGAUCGAGAUGCGACACUGGAGCUUAAAGUAAAGACCGUCCACUACUUCGAAUCUAUCGAGAAAUCUGGGACAGAUGCCCGCACUCAAGGACCUCCUCUCGUUUAUCGGCCUAGGACAUAUGUUCCGGCUCCAAUGACAGUUGACAAGCCUCAGCAAGCGCUUACCCCUGCUGCCACACCGGAGAAAACGUCAAAAGACCUGAGGAUCAAUACGGAUCUCAGUCAGACGUUCGAAGAUGAGGAGCUCACCCCAGAUAGCAUGUCUUCACGUAUGGUCGACUCGGCUGUGGGCGGAUUAGACGCAACUCUGAAAAACGAUUUGAUGUUUGACCGUAUGAGUGCGAGAAUGAAAGCUCAUUAG